UGAGGUCGUUAAGUAGCGGAACGAACAGCAGCAUCAUGGCGGAACACAGCGAAUCUCCGGUUCACGUCCAAAAUCCGCAACCAGUGCCAACGACGAGCUGGCCAAUUACCAGAGAGUCCUACGAACUCCAGGAGGUUAUCGGCAGUGGGGCCUCGGCGGUAGUGCAGGCAGCCCUGUGCUUACCCAGGCAGGAGCGCGUGGCCAUAAAGAGGAUCAACUUGGAGAAAUGCCAGACCAGUAUGGACGAGCUGCUGAAAGAGAUUCAAGCAAUGAGCCAAUGCAACCAUCCCAAUGUGGUCACGUACUACACCUCAUUCGUAGUAAAAGAUGAGCUUUGGUUGGUCAUGAAACUUCUGAGUGGAGGGUCAAUGCUGGACGUAAUAAAGCACACAUUCAGCCGAGGGGAGCACAAGAACGGAGUUCUGGAUGAGCCCAUAAUAGCCACCAUUUUAAAAGAAGUGCUGGAAGGUUUGGAUUACCUGCACAGAAAUGGGCAGAUCCACAGGGACGUGAAAGCCGGGAACAUUCUGCUGGGGGAGGACGGCUCGGUUCAGAUCGCAGACUUUGGAGUCAGUUCGUUCUUGGCCACCGGGGGAGAUGUCACCCGGAACAAAGUCAGGAAGACGUUUGUGGGAACGCCUUGCUGGAUGGCUCCUGAGGUGAUGGAACAGGUUCGAGGCUACGACUUCAAAGCAGACAUCUGGAGCUUCGGGAUCACGGCCAUAGAGUUAGCCACGGGGUCGGCACCCUAUCACAGAUACCCACCUAUGAAGGUUCUCAUGCUGACCUUGCAGAACGAUCCUCCCACAUUAGAAACGGGCGUGGAGGACAAAGAGAUGCUUAAGAAAUAUGGAAAAUCCUUUAGGAAAAUGAUAACCCUGUGCCUUCAGAAGGACCCCAUGAAGAGGCCGACGGCAGCAGAACUUUUGAAAUGCAAAUUCUUCCAGAAGGCCAAGAACAGAGAGUAUCUGAUUGAAAAACUUCUGAACAGAGCACCAAGCAUCACCCAAAGAGCCAAAAAGGUGAGGAGGGUCCCGGGGUCCAGUGGACACCUGCAUAAGACGGAGGACGGGGACUGGGAGUGGAGCGACGACGAGCUGGACGAGAAGAGCGAGGAGGGCAAGGCUGCAGCCAAUCAGGGCAGGUCACGAAGGGUCAGAGAAGAGAGCAAAGAUAACGAGAUCAGCGGUAACGCCAUCCCCAUGGAAGGCCUGUCUAUUCAGCAUCCCCAGGUUCAGCCCUUCGAGCACAUGCCGUACAUCCAAGGCCCGAGCGUGGUGAACAUGGUCCUCCGGCUAAGGAAUUCCAGAAAGGAGCUAAAUGACAUUCGAUUCGAAUUCACCCCAGGUCGAGACACCGCUGACGGAGUGUCCCAAGAGCUCUUCUCUGCCGGACUUGUCGAUGGACAUGAUGUUGUUGUUGUUGCCGCUAACCUUCAGAAGAUUGUAGAUGAUCCAGUUACCUACAAAGUAUUGACCUUUAAACUGGCCUCAGGCUGCGACAGCACGGAGAUCCCCGACGAGGUGAAGCUGAUCGGAUUCGCACAGCUGAGCGUCAGCUGAUACCCGCUCCUCACCUGGUCUCACCUGGUCCGAGCAGGUGGAGGGGAGGGGCCGGUUAUGGGAAGACAGACUGAGCAACUGACUGAGACGGAGACAGACAGAGGGAAGUACCCUGAUGCCGAAAAUUCCCACCCCUCCCCCUCCCCGCCGCUGACCGGAGCAGGCGACCAGGCCGGGCAGAGCUCUGCUAGUCCUGCGCUAGUCUCUCCUGCCGUACCGCCCUCUCGUGCUGUGCCUCGCAGCCCUCAUUCCACCGCCUUCUCCCAGUACGAAGAACAGGACCCAAACGAGGAAGCUAAGGAUCUACUCAGGUGGUAACAGGCAAUGACACACGUGUAGCUUCAACCGUUUCGUUUUUUUUAACACGUUACCUCUGCAUUGAGUAUAG